CGUCUACAGCGCGCGGGACGGCGAGGCCCCGCGAGGGACGUCGGCCUGAAGGGAGCUUGUCCCGUAGGCCCAGGGCCGGCUUCUCGGGCCCAGCGGCCUCGGGAGGCGGCGAGGAGGGACCCGGGAGAGGAGCGCGCCGGAGGAGCAGCCCCCGGCCCGGAGCCUCGGGAGCCCGGGGCCGGUCAGCGAGUCCCGCCGGGGUCUGCCGUUUACAGUCUACGCUUUUUCCAAGAGCUGCAGAAAAUGAAUGAAUCCCAGGGACCAGUGUCAUUCAAGGAUGUGGCUGUGGACUUCACCCAGGAGGAGUGGCAGCAGCUGGACCCUGACGAGAAGACAACCUACAGGGACGUGAUGCUGGAGAACUACAGCCACCUGGUCUCUGUGGGGUACGACAGCGCUAAACCCAAUGUGAUCGUCAAGUUGGAGCAGGGAGAAGAGCCUUGGGUAGCAGAUGGUGAAUUCCCACGGCAGCAGCAUCCAGAAGAAGUCUGGAGAGUUGAUGACCUGAUACAGAGAAUCCAAGAAAGUGAAGAUGAGUGUUCAGGUCAGGCUAUUUGUGUCAAUAGCAGAACCCUGACUGAGGAGAGAGAAGAUGCAUUUCAUAAGACGUGUAUCAUGGAAACAAGCCUUGUUCCUUCAGACCUAAUGUCUCAGAAUUGUGUUUUGUGUGGAAAGACUUUGGAAUCUACUUCAGAAUUAAUUAUUAGUGAUGGAAGCUAUGCAAGAAAGAAACCUGCUGAGUGUAGUGAAUGCGGGAAAGCAUAUCAGGGAGAGGAACUCUAUGAAUUUCAUCAAAAUGGGGAAGCCUGUUCUCAAAAGGAAGGAAGUAUUCAGAAAAUUAGUAUUUUGGAGAAACCCUUUGAAUAUAAUGAGUGCACAGACUCCUUAGACAGUGAAGCCGUUUUUAUAACUCAUAAGAGAGCUUAUGUGGGGGAGAAGCCAUAUGAGUGGAAUGCUUCUGCAUCAGACUUCAUCCAGAUGUCAGACUUUAAUGUGCACCAGAGAUCACAGUUGGACUGGAAGCCCUUUGAAUGCAGUGAGUGUGGGAAAUCCUUCUGUAAGAAGUCAAAGUUCAUUAUACAUCAGCGGGCUCACACAGGAGAGAAACCUUACGAAUGUAACGUAUGUGGGAAAUCCUUCAGCCAAAAAGGAACCCUCACCGUGCAUCGGAGAUCACACUUAGAAGAGAAGCCCUAUAAAUGCAAUGAGUGUGGGAAAACCUUCUGUCAGAAGUUACACCUCACUCAACACCUGAGGACUCACUCAGGAGAGAAGCCCUAUGAGUGUAAUGAAUGUGGGAAAACCUUUUGCCAAAAGACACAUCUCACCUUACACCAGAGAAACCAUUCAGGAGAGAGACCGUAUCCGUGUAAUGAGUGUGGGAAAUCCUUCUCCCGCAAGUCAGCCCUCAGUGACCAUCAGAGAACACACACGGGAGAGAAACUUUAUAAAUGUAACGAAUGUGGGAAAUCCUACUACCGAAAAUCCACCCUUAUUACACAUCAGAGAACACACACAGGAGAGAAACCCUAUCAGUGUAGUGAAUGUGGGAAGUUCUUUUCUCGGGUGUCAUACCUCACUAUCCAUUACAGAAGCCAUUUAGAAGAGAAGCCCUAUGAAUGCAAUGAAUGUGGCAAAACCUUUAAUCUCAAUUCAGCCUUCAUUAGACAUCGGAAAGUCCACACAGAUGAGAAGCCCCACGAAUGUAGUGAGUGUGGAAAGUUCUCAUAUCUCACCGACCAUCUCACAACUCGUUUAGGAGAAAAACCCUAUGAAUGUAGUGAAUGUGGGAAAACUUUCCUUGAAAAUUCAGCCUUCGAUGGGCACGAGUCGCUUCCCAAAGGGGAGAAGUCCUAUGAAUGUAACAUAUGUGGGAAAUUGUUCUCCGAGCUGUCAUACUAUACUGUACAUUAUAGAAGUCAUUCAGAAGAGAAACCCUACGGAUGUAACGAAUGUGGGAAAACCUUCUCCCACAAUUCAUCCCUCUUUAGACAUCAAAGAGUCCACACUGGAGAGAAACCCUAUGAGUGUUACGAAUGUGGGAAGUUCUUCUCUCAGAAGUCUUAUCUCACUAUACAUCAUAGAAUUCAUUCAGGAGAGAAGCCCUAUGAAUGUAGUAAGUGUGGCAAAGUUUUCUCUCGGAUGUCAAACCUCACCGUACACUAUAGAAGCCAUUCAGGAGAGAAGCCCUAUGAAUGUAACGAAUGUGGGAAAGUCUUUUCUCAGAAGUCAUACCUCACUGUACAUUAUAGAACUCAUUCAGGAGAGAAGCCCUAUGAAUGUAAUGAAUGUGGGAAAAAAUUCCACCACAGGUCAGCCUUCAAUAGCCAUCAGAGAAUUCACAGGAGAGGGAAUAUGAGCGUACUUGACGUGGGAAGACUUCUCUGAAGUCAGAUCUCAUUUUAGAAAACCCUCUGCACAUGAUGAGUAUGGGAAGUCUAGUCAGGAGUCAGAUACCAGCAUCUGAGUUCAUGUUUCUAAAUGAAAAGCAUUUAGGCAUUAGAUUCAUUCUCAUUUGAAUUUUCACAGAGAUGAAUCCCUAAAAAUGCAACAAGAAGCAAAGCUUUCAGCAAGACCUUAUAACUCAUUGGACACUAGACAGUUUAUACAAGAAUGAAACUCUAUAAAUAUUUAAUAUUUAUUUUGGAUUCCAGUUGUAUUUACAUAUCAGGGAAUCAUACCAAGGCAAAACCUGUCAAAGUGGUGAAUGUGGAAAAUACUUUGUCUUGGAAAUUGUUAUACUAAAAGCCAUAUUUCAAAUAUAAAAAUCAAAUGUUUAUAGGAAGGACAUCAGAAGCUGUCAGCUCCAAGUAAACCUUCAUUGCAGAGUGAAGUUUUAAAAUAUUCUAGAGUUGAUAAUCAGGACAGUAGUGUUAAACAUUUAGAUGGCAAUUUCUGUCACGUUUUCAAAAUGUGAUUAACAUCAAUUCUCUGCAACUCUAUGCAAGUUUGGAUUUGAGUAAUUUGUGAAAAGGCAGCAUUCUUAUUUGAGAUGGAAAAUGUACUAACGUAGGAUAUAUUGUUGGAGAGGUGUUUGAUAAGUACAGAAUAGUUAAAUAUGUAAUUUUCUAUUCUUCAGAGGCAUUUACAAAUGGUUUUUAAUGAGUGCUUUCUCAACAGAUGAGCCAGUGACUUGUAAAGUUUCCAACUGCAUUUGAGCAAAAAAGACUUAAAAAUACUAUUUUCAUAAACUACGCAUAGGUCAUUUGGAAUCUAGUCUGUUCAGUGAAGGACAGCUGUACUGCUGAUGCUCUAUAAAAUAUGCCUAGCUCUCCUACAACUCUUGUAUUUUAACCAUAGGUUUGUGUGUGCAGUAUGCCACUAUUUUGUAAUUCAGAAAUUUUACUUUGCUUUUAUUUGAUAUGAAUAUGGUGUCAUUAUUUUGUGCACUGCCUCUUACUCCUAGUAUUUUGGAACAAAUUAACUCAACUUUCUAGCAGACAUUUUUGGUUAAUUCAGUGUCUUUUCUCCCCACUUUACUUGCUGGAAGAGUGAAGAGUUUAGCUAUAUCUACCAUUUCUUCACAAGAUAUGGAGGGUGAAUCGUGAGUAAUCUAAACCAGUCAUGCUAAUUUCGUUCUGAUCACCAGUAACUGUUUAUAUUGGUCACAUGACCAAAUCCUAGACUAACAAAACAGAUGGGUUCUGGAAAAAAGAUAAAACAGUGAUCAAAUGAAUCUUACUCCAGGAAUGUGAGGGUAUUUUAAUAAUAAAAAACCAAUCACUGUAAUAUAUCACAUUGAAGAAAAGUCAUCUAGUAUGCAAGAAAUUCGUGGUGAAAUCAACAUCCAUUUGUGUUCUUAGCAAACUGUGGAUAGAAAGGAACUUCCUUUAUUGGAUAAAGAGUAUCUUGUAUUACAACAAAUAGCAUAUCAAAUGGUGAAAUGUUGAAAGUUUUCUCCAAAGAUCAAAAGAGGCAAGGAUAUCUGCUCUCACUAGUUUUAUUCAUGUUGUGCAGAUGGACCUAGUCAGGAAAGUAAGGGAAGAAAAAGAGUGAAAAGGCUAAAGGAUUAGAAGAAAUAAAACUUAUUUGCAGAGGACAUGCUUUUAUACAUAGAAAAUCCUAGGGAAUAUUCAGAGAAUUAGAAUUGAGUAAAUUGAGCAGAAUCCCUGCAUAUGAGGUCACUAUGCAAAAAUUGGUCUGUAAUGUACCAGCAGCAAACAUAGAAAAUGAACAGUUUUACAGCAAUACUACUUACAGUAAUAUCAGAACUCCUUAAGUGCCUGGGGGGAAGUUACUAUAUUUUCAAGAAUUACAUCCAGGAAAAAAAAUUACAGAACAGUGAGAGGGAUAUAUUCUGUUCAUGGAUUCCAAGACCAUCUUAAAAAGAUGUCAGUUUCCCUCAAAUUCAUAUAUUCAAUGCAAUCUAAUCAAAAUCCUAGCAAGCUUUUUUAAGUGGAAAUUCUCAAGUUCAUGUGAAAAUUCAAAAGACCAAUAACAGUCAAAGCCAUGUUCUAGAACAGACAGAACUAGAGAACUUACAGUGCCAGGUAUCAAGAGCUGUUCGAAAGUCAUAGAAAUUGUGAUAGUGUGGUGUUGGCACAAAGGUAAACAAGUCGACCAGAGGAACAGGAUGAAGAUUCCAGAAACACCCAAACAUAGUUCAGUCACCUGACUUUUGGCAAAGGUGAUAAUACAUUAUACCAUGGGAAAGGAUGUUCUUUCCAAUAAGUGCUUUGUCAUUUAAAUUUCAUAAUUUAAUAGAAAAUAGAAAAAUCAAUUGAGGUGGAGUGCAGUUUUAAGCAUGAAAUGUAAAAUUAGUAAAGCUUUAAGAAGAAAACAGAGACUAUAAAUAUAACCUUCCAGUAAGCAGUGUUUUCUUAAGACCCAGAAAGCACUCAAUCAUAAAAUAAAACUUGUUAAUUUGAAUACGUUACAUUAAAGAACUUCUGUUUCUCAAAAAGCCACCAUUGAGAAAGUGAACAGGCAGACCACAAAUGGGAGAAGACAUCUGCAAGUCAGAUACAUGGCAGCAGAACCGUGUGUACAGGAGGGCUUGGUGAGGGGUCAGAUAGUAAGCAGUAAUAUUGGGGGCUCUGUGGGCUACACAGCUUCCCUCAUGACUACUCAGCUUUGCUGUCAUGUGAAGGCUGCACACGAGACAAAAACAAAUGAACAUGGGUGUGUCCCAGUAGGACUUUAUUCACAGACACCGGCGGAGGUCUGGAUUUAGCCAGCAGGCCAUGGUUGACCCCUGAUCUAAAAUAAAAUCUACAAGAAAAAAAAAAA